CAAAUAUGUCGAACUUUAAAGAAAUCAAUAAAUGUGGGCAAAUCGAUCGCUAUGUUGAAUGAAUGUGACGUGAGGGACCCACCUGCUAUUUUGACAAUAAAAAGGUUUAAAAUGACAGAGCUGGUAUUGGGGAAUGUGUGUAUGGGUUCGUCGGCAUUGAGAGGAUGCAAGCAUUCGUUGUGGCUGGGGUUCUCACCCUUCUCACCAGCUCUCAAGGAAUUUUAACAGUACUAUCACAAAGUAAUGGGAGCUACAAAUAUGAUUAUGCAACUGUUCCAUUUCUUGCAGAGAUAUUCAAGCUUGCAGUAUCCUGUGUUCUCCUAUGGAGAGAGUAUCAAUCAUCUUCUCCGCCCCGUGUAACUACGGCAUGGAAGAGCAUGCGGUUAUUCCCAAUUCCAUCAAUCAUCUAUCUCAUCCACAACAAUGUGCAGUUUGCAACUCUUACUUUUGUUGAUACAUCGACCUACCAGAUAAUGGGCAAUUUGAAGAUUGUUACGACUGGUAUAUUGUUCAGGACAUUCUUGAAGAGGAAACUAUCAAAUUUGCAGUGGAUGGCAAUUGUUUUACUAGCAAUUGGAACAACCACAAGCCAGAUAAAAAGUUGUGGAGAGACCAACUGCAAUUCUUUGUUCUCUGCACCAUUGCAGGGAUACCUACUUGGUAUACUCUCUGCUUGCCUUUCAGCACUAGCUGGUGUCUAUACUGAGUAUCUUAUGAAGAAAAACAAUGAUUCAUUGUACUGGCAAAAUGUACAGCUAUAUGCGUUUGGUGUGCUUUUCAAUAUGUUAAGACUGAUAAUGGAUGAUGUUACUGCUGGAUUUGAAAGAGGACCAUGGUGGCAACACCUUUUCAAUAAUUAUGACUAUGUAACAUGGCUGGUUGUCCUUAAUUUGGGUUCCACCGGUUUAUUAGUUUCCUGGCUGAUGAAAUAUGCAGACAAUAUUGUCAAGGUCUAUGCAACAUCUAUGGCAAUGCUUCUUACUAUGGUUUUGUCGGUUUAUUUAUUUGAUUUCAAGCCAACAUUGCAGCUUUUCUUGGGCGUCUUGAUCUGCAUUAUGUCUCUUCAAAUGUAUUUUACACCUGGUCAUAUGCUUGUAGAUUUGCCAUCCAAAUCAAGGCUGCCAACAGAAACUCUUAAUGCAGUAAAAAUAGAUCAGAGAGUCGAAUCAUGAGAUUCUUCAAUUGUUUUGUUUGUGCGAAGGCACUUUCUGCAGUAAUUGUAAAUGGCACUCUGUUUGGGAAUUGGUAUUUUCAUUAUCUACUUGAAUUAACAUAUGGCUUACUAUCAGUCACCUGGAGAUGUUGUGCAUACUAUGGAUACAGUUAUGGGGAUGCCAUUUUGAACUCAAGGUACGUCAAUACAUUUGUAAGGGCAUAUACCUUAUGGCUAUAAUAUAUACAAAUAUAGUAAACUGUAAAUGUGGGUAUAGGGAUGGAGUCCUCAUCCUGAUAACUGAAUUUCUCUGGUGACUAUAAUUACUAUUCAUUCAUUCUUGUUUCACUUCUGAGAAGUAUGAACAAAUAGUUCAUCAGCACAAAUGAUUGAAGAAUGGGUUUUUUGAUUUC